GCUACAACGCGCCUGCACAUCAAAACAUUCACGCCCGUGGCGUGCCCCUCCGACGAUGCCGUCCAUGUCUUCGCUGCCACAGUUCAACCCCGCGCGCAUACGCUCGUAUAUCCUGCGCUUGCCCUUUUGUACCAAGAUCUUGGUGGCCGCCAUUCUGGGAUUAUGGAUUGCGACGAUUCCGUUUCCGUGGAUUAGGGAUUUCGGCGGUUUGGAGCCAAAUAAGAUGGAUUUGACGCAGAUGCACCGACUCAACCUGUUCCCUCUUCUGCAUUGGGGCUUCUUCCACAUGAUCUUUAAUCUCUUCGCCGUAACACCACUUAUCGAACGAUUCGAGUCGGAAUACGGAACCUUGGUUACAUUGGUACUCUUUACUGGGCCAUUUGGAACCAUACCCGGAGGUGUAUAUACGUUGCUGGAGAAGUAUGUGCUGAGGAGCAAUACCGCGGUCAUGGGCGCAAGUGUAUGGGUGUUCCUCCUACUAUCCGCCGAAGUUAUGAAGCAACACAAGACGAAUCCCUCGUUCAGUGUUGGACCCUACAAGAUUCCCACCUGGACGACCCCACUCAUCCUCAUUGUCCUCACCAGUAUCCUCGUUCCCUACGUCAGCCUAGUAGGCCACCUCUGCGGCGCAGGUCUCGGUUACCUCUGGGCCUCCGGCUACAUCAAGUUCCUCGUCCCCCACGAGAAGAUUCUACGAUGGAUCGAGACCAAGGCGAAUCUGCUAGGCAGAAUACCACACUACGUUAGUGUAGACCAGAAGACAUAUGGCCGUUACGGCGUCCUACCCACAACGAGCGUACCGUUGGGGAGGGGAAGUCCAGAUGGCGGACAAAGACUCGGGCCUUAG